AUGAUCAACAGCAUCCGAAUCCUUCAUGAAAAGAAGAGAGUCCAGUGGAUGCAAAGGCACCUCCCAACAACAGUAAUUAAAAGGUAUGGACAAAACUUGUCACAUCCGUUCUUCGAAGCUUUUAACACGUAUCUUGAAGACACCUUUGAAACACGUUCAGAUAGAUACAAGGGAUUCAUCUAUGUUGGGGCGUCAAAGACGGGAAAAACGUUCUUCUUCGACAGAAUGCUUGUUCCAGAAAAGUAUCGAGUAAUCCACAAGAACCUCCUUAGUUUCAAUGAUGUUGGCGGGGAACAGUACAAACUAUUUCGAAUCCUAGAUGAUAUCAACUGGGCAGACGUAGACUCGGAAACACUAAAGGCACUUGUCAACAGAGGAGUAGCUACUACUAACGUGAAGUAUGGGUAUAGUUACAUCUUCCCACUGAUUCCAAUCUUCCUCAUGAACGCAAACACGUACGACAUCUUUCGGAUCAGAUACAAGAAAAUAUGGUCCUUCAUCCAGGAAAACUUCACGGUCUUUCCAAAACAAACGGGUGACAGUGUGAUUGAAGACAAACAACUCCUGUACACAGGAACGGAAACAGACGCAUAUUACAUCGAAAACUACAUCAAGGACUGCAACUUUGAAUCACUCUACAACGGAAACAAUAUGAUCGAAUCUAUUCAACAGAAAUGGAACACCAUGACCAAACAACUGCGAUACAUCCCAUUCCCAGACACAUUUGAUAUUCCUAAUCCACAUGAAAGGUAUUCAAAUCUCGAAACGGAGUUCAACCAGAAGAACCUCGAGCACAAGAUGGAAAAGCUCUCAGAAAACGAAAUGAUGGACAGAUACGACGAUGACAGAACGUGGAUGUCCGAAGAAGAAGACGGAACCGAUAAAAAUGAUAGUUCCGUAAUAGAAUAA